UAUAUCUUUAAUUUUGCAAUCCCUAUUGCAACAUAGGGAUUGCUCAAGCAGGGUUACCGCCUCCCUCUCCCAAUCAUCAGGCAACCCAUCCAUGUGGCCGGUUGCACAUGACUGGGCUGGCAAGGCAUGCUCAAGCAUGGGCACAGCCUGGCACAGUGGGCACGCUGCCCUCGCCAGGUUGCGCCUCUGACUUUCACCCGGAUUUGCGCCGCGUGCAUCAGAUUGCUGGUCCCCAAAGCCAGGUGGGAAGAGGAGAAACGAGACGAUGGGGUCAAAUGGCAUAAGUUACACCACAAAGGACCCUACUUUGCUCCACCCUACGAGCCUCUGCCAAACUCCGUCAAGUUCUACUACAAUGGCAGGCCUAUGAAACUCAGCCGGGCCACCGAGGAAGUGGCGACGUUUUUCGCCAAGAUGCUGGAUCACGAUUUUGCACGCAAGAAGAUUUUCCGGGACAACUUUUUCUGUGACUGGUUGCAGGUCAUGACUCCUCAGGAAAGGAAGAAAAUCAAAGACCUGAAGAGGUGCGAUUUCAGCGACAUCCAUAACUAUUUUCUGGAAAAGCAAGAAGCCCAGAAGGCUUUGUCCAAGGAAGCGAAACAGAGGCUGAAAGAGGAGGCAGAAAGGAUCCAAGAGGAAUAUGGUUACUGCGUAAUUGACGGGCAUCGGGAGAAGAUCGGGAACUUCAAGACCGAGCCUCCGGGUUUAUUCCGGGGCCGUGGGGAUCACCCCAAAAUGGGGAUGCUGAAGAAGAGGAUAAUGCCAGAAGACGUCAUCAUCAAUUGUAGCAAAGAUUCAAAGGCCCCCCGGCCUCCGCGUGGUCACAGGUGGAAGGAAGUCAGGUGUGACAACACGGUUACCUGGUUAGCAUCCUGGACAGAGAACAUUCAGGGCUCCAUCAAAUAUAUCAUGUUGAACCCGAGUUCCAAGUUGAAGGGAGAAAAAGACUGGCAAAAAUACGAAGUGGCUCGUCGCUUGAAGAAGGUGGUUCACCGGAUCCGACAUCGGUACCGGGCAGACUGGAAAUCCAAGGAGCUGAAGAAGCGGCAGAUAUCCGUGGCACUCUAUUUCAUCGAUCAGCUGGCCCUGAGGGCAGGGAACGAGAAGGAGGAAGCGGAGACGGCCGACACAGUGGGCUGUUGCUCUUUGCGAGUAGAACACAUCGCUCUGCACGCACGGCAGGGAGGCAAGGAGAACGUGGUGGAGUUUGACUUCCUGGGCAAGGACUGCAUCCGUUACUACAACAAGGUGUCCGUGGAGAAGCAGGUGUUCAAGAACUUGCAGCUGUUCAUGGAGGAGAAAGAACCUGGAGACAACCUCUUCGAUAAGCUUUCUACAACAACGCUGAACAAACAUCUCCAGGAUCUGAUGGAUGGGUUGACAGCAAAGGUCUUCCGGACUUACAAUGCGUCCAUCACGCUGCAGGAACAGCUCGAAGCACUGACCAAUGAGAAGGACAGUCUGGCUGCUAAGCUCCUCUCCUACAACCGAGCCAACCGAGCAGUGGCCGUUUUGUGCAACCAUCAGCGGGCGACUCCAAAGACCUACGAGAAGUCCAUGAAGAACCUCCAGGCAAAGAUAGACGCCAGAAAGGACCAGCUGGCUGAUGCAAAAGUGGGGCUGAGAAAAGCCAGGGCGGAACACAAAUGCAAGAAGGAGGCCAAAUCAAGAGCUGCCGUAGAAAAGAAAAAGAAACUGGUGAAGAAGAUCGAAGAACAGCUGGCGAAGCUGAAAUUCCAGGCCACCGACAAAGAGGAAAACAAGCAGAUCGCUCUGGGCACCUCGAAGUUGAAUUACCUGGACCCCCGCAUCACUGUGGCCUGGUGCAAACGGUUUGACGUGCCCAUCGAGAAGGUUUACAACAAAACUCAGCGCGAGAAGUUUGCGUGGGCCAUUGCGAUGGCGGAUGAAGAUUUUGUAUUCUAAAGGGAUCUAGGCUACUCCCGGCUUGUUGUGGGUCACUCGUUGGCAUGUAUUGUGUGCCUUUGCUAGCACGGAGGGCCGUUUUGCAGACAUAAAAUACAUACCUAAAGGAGAA